UCUUUCAAGAUUUUACUUUUAGUGGCCAGGUUUAUCGUAGUUAAUGUGAAUGUUUGUUUAUUUUAAUAUACGUCCCUAACUGGAAGUUAAGAGAUUCGUAAAACGGAUCAGGAUCACACCAGAACAAUUUAACCAAAAAAGUUGAAAAAUUUAGCAAACUCAAACCAAAAAUGUCUAAAGACGAGAAAGAGAAAGUGCCCAUAGUUGACAAGGAAUUAGAUCUUUCGAAUGCAGGACGAGGCGUGUGGCUAGUUAAAGUGCCCAAGUACAUAGCACAGAAAUGGGAAAAAGCUCCAAGCAACAUGGAUGUAGGGAAAUUGCGUAUAAGUAAGACGCCAGGUCAAAAGGCACAAGUUUCAUUGACACUGACACAAGCGGUCGUCAAAUUGGAUCCUGACGCAGAAAUACCCACUGAACACAUAUUAGAUGUAUCGGUUGUAACUAAACAAACCCUUGGUGUUUUCUCACAUAUGGCGCCCAUCGAGACAAAUCAUUUUAAAGAUGCAAGUUGUAGUGACCCCGAAAAAUUGUACAUGGAAGGACGCAUAGUACAAAAACUAGAAUGCCGGCCUAUAGCUGAUAAUUGUUAUAUGAAAUUAAAAUUGGAAUCUAUAAAAAAAGCAUCAGUGCCGGUUCGGAAAGUCCAGCCUAUUGAUAAAAUUGUACAAAACUUCAAACCAGUUAAAGAUCAUGCUCACAAUAUAGAAUAUCGAGAACGUAAAAAGGCGGAAGGCAAAAAAGCCCGCGAUGAUAAAAAUGCUGUUAUGGAUAUGUUGUUUAAUGCUUUCGAAAAGCAUCAAUAUUACAAUAUUAAAGAUUUGGUCAAAAUUACCAAGCAACCUAUUGGUUAUUUGAAGGAAAUAUUAAAGGAAGUUUGUGAUUACAAUAUGAAAAAUCCUCACAAGAAUAUGUGGGAAUUGAAGAAAGAAUAUCGUCAUUACAAGACUGACGCAGAAAAAAAAGAUGAUGAUAAAACUGGUACCGACAGUGAUACGGAUCACUAAAUUUAAUUUAAUUUUAAAACAGAAUUAAAAUAAGAAACUGA